AUGGAAGGCGCAACCCUCACCUUGUACAUAGUCAACUCCCUAAUCUAUUCUAGCAUAACCAAUGUCUUCAAAGACCUUCUCCACUUCUACUCCAUCUUCACUUGCUUCCUCUCAUCUAUCUUGCGAUAUAUCAUUCAUGACGACGAAUGCGACGAUGAAGAGGAUGAAGCACCAUCCGUGCAUUGUGAAAGAGAGCUAAGUAUUGAAGAUGUAAAUAUUGUUAUAAAGAGACUAGGGAUGGGAGAGUUGUUAGAGGAAGAGAGAUGGAGAGAAGAGUUGGAUGAGAUGCUGGAGGAGAAGGAGGCCAACUUGGAGGAGAUAAAGGAGGCAUUUUACGUGUUUGAUCGUAACGAGGACGGGUUUAUAACGGCAGAGGAGGUGUGGAGCGUGAUGAGGAGAUUGGGGAUGAGGGAAGGGGUGAGGGUGGAGGAUUGUGUGAGGAUGGUGAGUGUGUUUGAUAAGGAUGGUGAUGGGAGGAUUAGCUGCUUUGAGUUUAGGAGAUUGUUAGAGAGUGCCAUGUAG